GCCCCCCCCUCCCCUGCCAUGUCCCCACUCGGGUCCGCAACUCCCUGCAGCCCGCGCCGGGGGCUCCCGCCGCCCGCCUAGGACCCCCCGCGCCAUGGGGGAGAAGGCGGGCACCAGGGUCUUCAAGAAGUCGAGCCCUAACUGCAAGCUGACUGUCUACCUGGGCAAAAGGGACUUUGUGGACCACCUGGACUCCGUGGACCUCGUGGAUGGCGUGGUGCUGGUGGACCCUGAAUACCUGAAGGACCGGAAAGUGUUCGUGACGCUGACCUGCGCUUUCCGCUAUGGGCGCGAGGACUUGGACGUUCUUGGUCUGUCCUUCCGCAAGGACCUGUUCUCGGAGGCACUGCAGGCUGCGCCCCCCCCUGCAUCCCCCCCACUCACCCCCACCCGCCUGCAGGACCGUCUGCUGCGCAAGCUGGGCCCUCGAGCCCACCCCUUCGCCUUCAAAAUACCCCCCAAUCUGCCAUGUUCGGUGACGCUACAGCCAGGGCCUGAGGACACGGGCAAGGCCUGUGGGGUCGACUAUGAGAUCAGAGCUUUCUGUGCCAAAUCCUUGGAGGAAAAGAUUCACAAGAGGAACUCGGUGCGCCUGGUGAUCAGGAAAGUCCAGUUUGCCCCCGAAACCCCCGGGCCACAGCCCACAGCUGAGACCACCCGGCACUUCCUCAUGUCUGACCGGUCCCUGCACCUGGAAGCCUCGCUGGACAAGGAGCUGUACUACCACGGGGAGCCCAUCAGUGUUAACGUCCACGUCACCAACAACUCCAGCAAGAGCGUGAAGAAGGUCAAGGUCUCCGUGCGGCAGUAUGCUGAUAUCUGCCUCUUCAGCACAGCCCAGUACAAGUGCCCUGUGGCCCAGGUUGAGCAGGAGGACCAGGUGGCCCCGAGCUCGACCUUCUGCAAGGUUUACACCCUGACGCCGCUGCUCAGCGCCAACCGGGAGAAGCGUGGGCUGGCGCUGGAUGGGAAGCUCAAGCACGAGGACACCAACCUCGCUUCCAGCACCAUCGUCCGGGAGGGGGCCAACAAAGAGGUCCUCGGCAUCCUGGUGUCCUACCGCGUCAAGGUCAAGCUGGUGGUCUCCCGGGGCGGGGACGUCUCCGUGGAGCUGCCUUUUGUCCUGAUGCACCCCAAGCCCCCGGAGCAGAAUGCCCCCCUGCGGCCAGUCUCAGUUGCCCCCAAGACGGACACACCGGUGGACGCCAACCUCAUUGAGUUUGAGCCCAACAUGGGCACCGAUGACGACAUAGUCUUCGAGGACUUUGCCCGCCUCCGGCUUAAGGGGAUGAAGGAUGAUGAGGAAGAGGUCUUCUAGCUCCGCCCACCUGGGGGGGUCCGGCCUCUUCCCCCCACUCUUGCUGGGGGGUGGUGGUCAGACUCAAACGUCCGUCCAUGCUCCAUGAGGCUUACUGGUUGUCCCCACCUGUCUUACUGCUGUAAAGGGGGGGUCCUCUGCUUCUACCCCCCAUCAGGACCCUGGGGGUGGGGGGCUAUGAACUGUGAUGGGACCUCUGCAUCCCCAUGGGUAUUACCCUAUCUAAGCUCCUCCCCCUUGUUUAUAUGUACAUUAAUUUUUAAGGCUGUUUUAAUUGCUGGGGGCGGGGGUCUACUAGUCUCAGAAACCUGCUGUUUGCUGGGGGGGCAUGGGUGUCUAACCCUGUGGGGGGAGAUGAGUACCCCCCCCGCCCCUGGGGGGAAGGGGGGUAGGUUUGUUCUAAGUCCCAGGGAAAGUGAAAUAAAACUUGAUUUGUGCUGGA